CUACCAUUCCCUGUGAGUCUCAAUGAAAAAAAAAUAUGCUUCACUUCCUACACAGCUUCCUGUCCAGAAGGCCUGGUUGGAUGUGAUGAAGGGAGAUGCAUCCCAGAAUCUCUGAUGUGUGAUGGGGAAGCAGACUGUGCAGAUGGCACCGAUGAACCCACCACAUGUGGUAAAAACUGCUCUGUGAUGAACGGUGGCUGUGAAGGCCAGUGCAGUGACACACACUGGGGUGUCCGGUGUUCCUGCAGGGCAGGAUGGUGGUUGCAGCCCGACGGGCAGAGCUGUGCAGAUAUAGAUGAAUGCUCUAUGGUGUUCAGUCCUUGUGGCCAGCUAUGUCACAAUACACCAGGCUCUUACUCCUGUGACUGUAUUCAAGGUUACCAACUGAACAAUGGGACUGAAUGUCGAGUUACAGAUGAUGGUAUUAAAAUUCUUAUAGCAAGAGAUCAAGAGCUUGGUUUCCUGGAUCGAAGAACAGGCAACUAUGAGACUCUGAUUCCUAUAAAAUCAAGGCCCAUUUCUAUUGCAUAUGACCUUGAGAGAAGCACAUAUAUCUGGGUAGAUGAAGUCCUAAAUGUGUUUGUCCUUGGGAAACCAAACUCUGUUCCCCUUUACCCAGAGCUCACAGCGGUGAAUAGCAUCUCCUUGGACUGGUCCACAGGACAGUUGUAUUGGGCUAGCAGCUUUGCAAGGGUCAUCUGUGCUGGCUUAAGUGAUGGCAGAGGCUAUGUCAAAAUUUUGGAAAAGGAUCUUGUGCCAGAGCAGCUGGUUGUGUUUCCUGAAAAGAAGUACUUGUAUUGGGUGAAUCGAGGUGGGACAGGCGUGAGGGCUGUUGAGUCUGCAGGCAUGGAUGGCUCUGACAGGAAGGUGCUCACUGUCCUAACCACAGAGGAGCCUUUAGGACUGACGUUGGACCAUGUGACUGGCAGGCUCUACUGGAUCAGUGAACACAAAAAGUCCAUAGAGACAGUGAAAGUGGAUGGAAGCGGGAGGUACACCUUUCCUGAGAUCUUCCUGGAAGAUGAAAACCCAGUAGGACUGGCUGUCUUUGAGAACUCUUUCUUCUGGGCAAAUAAGACACAGCUGUUUCAUACCUCACCCCACAGCCCAAAGGAGAGAGAGCUGUUACUGGAUGCCUCUGUAUCUGCUUUCUUGGUCCUCCACAAGUCCCAGCAGCCUAAGGCAGGCAGACACCCAGCUUGUGCUCCAGGCUCCUGCAGCCACUUAUGCCUUCUGUCUCCUGUCCACCCCAAGGGCUAUAAGUGUGUUUGUCCUGAAGGAAUGUUUCUUUCACCUUCUGGCACAUGUAGUGAGUUAAAACUUGUGUUUUCUUCUGGCAAACGUCUGUACUUGUUGAAAGUUGGCUCUAUGGGAUCUGCCAUAGAGAGAACUCUAGUUGAAGAACAUUCUGGGAACAUCUAUUUAUUGGAUAUUGACUGGAAAAGGAACCUCAUCUAUUGGACGAAUGCUCAGGGACAUCUGGUCUACUCAACUGGGUAUUCUGGACAAAAGCUAGAGAUCUGGACACGGCGUACUGUCUGCUCAGCAAAUGUAGACAUAUCAACAGGGCACCUGUUCUGGCUGCCUUGCGACAGAGGUGCUAUCCAGAAGACCAGCAUUCCUGGAGCCGACACACAUACCCUCUACAGCACCAGCAGCAUCAUACUGCAGCUGCUUCUCGACUGGCCCAGGAGGGUGCUCUAUUGGGUGGAAAGCGGGAAACACUUGCAGAGUCUAACCCUGGAUGGCAAAAUCAGACAGGAGGUCUGGAGAGGCACCUGGACAGCAGACACCCAGAUGGCCUUAGACCUGGGCUCCGCUAGCAUUCUCUGGACUACCAAAGGGUCAGGGUUGCAAAGUCUGAGUCUCCUAAAAAAUAGAACGUACUCUUUGAACAAGUCCUGGAGUGAUGGGCUCAUCGCGGCCCAUGAGCCCUACCUGGUGACGGUGGACCAGGCAGCUCUUGUGCUGUGGAACAGGAAGACGCUGGAGCCCUUCUCAGUGCUGAAGGAAUCAUACGUAAAGAAAAUGAUCAUCUUGGCAGAGAACCAGGAGGUGCCGGAUCCUGAGAUUGAAGGAGCCACAAUGGUCCCUCCUACUCUUCCUCCUCCACCACCUCUACUAUGCACCCGGUCCUCUGUUCCCUGUCGGGAUGGGAAGGAAUGUAUUUCUCGGGAGUCCCUCUGUGACGGCCAGCGUGACUGUCAGGAUGGCUCCGAUGAAGAGAACUGCUCCCAGCUCUGCCACAAACCAGGAGUCUUCCAGUGUCUGGAUGGAAGAAGGUGCAUAGAGGAGAAAUACCACUGCGAUGGGGCUCAGCACUGCUUGGAUGGGUCUGAUGAGCUCAGCUGCUGGAAGCCUGUCGAAGAGUGUUCUCUGCGCUGUGACAACAAGACUCGCUGCAUCCCUAAGAGCUGGCUAUGUGAUGGAAACCCAGACUGUUCUGACAAGAGAGAUGAACAAGGAUGUGUUCAUGAGAAAUGCAGCCCAUCUGAAUUUAGAUGUGAGAAUGGCCAGUGCAUCACUUUCUCUCUGCAUUGUGAUGGGAACCGAGACUGCCUGGACCACUCAGAUGAAGAAGACUGUCCUGUUGCCUGGCCCCUGUGGUGCCCACCAGGGGAGGUGAAGUGCAGGAGGAGUGGAGAAUGUGUGCUGGCAGAGUGGAUAUGUGACCAUGACCUGGAUUGCAAAGAUGGAAGUGAUGAGAAGGACUGUGACCCUGAGGUGCUUCAGUGUGGCCCGACCCAGUGGAGCUGUGCCAGUAGAGACCAGUGUGUGCCUGACUCCUGGCACUGUGACGGGCACAGUGACUGCAGGGACGGCAGUGACGAGGCUGGAUGCCCCCCUCAGAAGUGCCUGGGUUCUGAGUUCCGGUGCGGCACCGAUGCCUGCCUGAGCCUCAGCGAGGUGUGUGAUGGGAAGGAAGACUGUUCUGAUGGCUCUGAUGAAGGUGGAGUGUGCUCGCUGGCAGCCUGCAGCCCAGGACAGUGCUCCCACACCUGCUACCCGUCCCCAGCCGGGCCUAUAUGUGCUUGUGAGCAAGGCUUUCAGCUGGAGAGCCGUGGUCGGAUCUGCCAGGAUGUGAAUGAGUGCCAGGAGUCGGGUAGUAGGCCUUGUAGUCAGACCUGUGUCAAUACCCAGGGCUCCUACAUCUGUACCUGUCGUCCUGGCUACUUGCUGGAGCCUGAUGGCCAUACCUGCAAAGCGACAGGUGCUGAACCAGUCCUGCUUGUUGCAAUUCAGUUUAACCUAUUCCUCUAUGGACUGAGAAGCUUGAAAGAAGAUAUUCUUGCAACCACAGACAAGAACCUGAUUAUUUUCUCUGUUGACUAUGAUUUAGUGGAUCAAAAAGUCUUCUGGGCAGAUCUCAAUGCAGAAAGUAUAAAGUGGAUAAGUAUGGACACUAAAAAGAAAGGGACCGUGGUAAAAGGUAUAAAGUCAAACUGUCUAAUGGUCGACUGGAUUGGGAGGAAUCUCUACUGGACUGAUGGGACAGCUGGUCAGAUUUUAGCCAUUCAGUUGACUGCCAUUUGGAGAGGGAAAUCUGAGUAUACAAUUGUCCUGGAUGAUGACUUGACUCAGCCCCAAUCUUUGGCAUUGGAUCCCCUAAAUGGAUUAAUGUACUGGUCCGAAAUUGGAGAAGAACCUCAAAUAGAGCAAGCCGGAAUGGAUGGCAGUGACAGGAAAAUACUCAUCAGUCAAGGUCUUGGACGGCCAACUAGCAUAGCCCUCGACCAGUUAAGUUGGAAGAUAUUCUGGUCCGAUGACAAAUUUCACUGUAUUGGCUCUGCCAACCUAGAUGGUACUGGCAUUAGUAUGUUGCAGCUAACACAAAUCAAGAACCCCUUUUCAGUUGCUGUGUUUGAAGAUGAAGUCUUCUGGUCCGAGAUGAAGACAAGAACAGUGCAGCGUGUGCAGAAGAUGACAGGCAAGAACAGGGCUGUCCUCAUCAAGCGUUCUGGACAGCCCUAUGGACUCAAGAUAAUGCAUGAGGUGCUACAGCCCAGGUCUUCUAAUCCUUGUCUGGACACUGGAUGUUCUCACUUGUGCCUUCUGAGCCCACGAUCCAAGGGGAGCUGUCAUUGUCCAGUGGGGCUCCUGCUUGCAGAUGAUGGAACCACCUGUGUCCCACUCAAGGAGUCUGCGUUUGUGUUUCUUGUACUACCCACAGUUAUCAUGCAGGUGUAUCUGAAAAAUCUAAAAGCUUUCCCAGGACAAGGAACUUUACCAGAACAUAGAAUGCUUCCUUUUACCAAUGUGGACCAGCUUGCAUCAAUGGAUUAUAUCGUCCAGGAAAAAACUCUCUAUCUCUCAGAGUUGAAUCAUGGUGAUAUCAGGCUGCUGAGGCUUAAAGAUCCUGGCACACUUGCGUGGAGGAAAAUCACUUCUGUGAAGGGGACUGUGGUUGACCUUGCUGUGGACUGGCUGAGUGGAAACGUAUAUUGGAUUGACAGUGAACAGCCGCGUAUCAGUGUAGGUUCCUUAAAAGCCCAGUAUCCUAUUGUCUUGCUCAGUGAAAAUCUUUACCGCCCAGUGUCUGUGGUGCUCCACCCACCUACUGCAGUCAUGUGCUUCGUGGACCUGGGUUCCCUAGAUGAUAGGAAGCGUGGUUCCAGCAUUGAAUGUGCCUCCAUGGAUGGCAGCAGGAGGAAGAUGCUAUGGCGGAAAUCCCAGGUGCCUGUGGGAUUGGCCUUUUCGGAUUCAGGGACCCGCCUGUACUGGGCUGAUACUGGAAGAGGACUCAUAGAAAGUAUUCAACAAGAUGGCUCUAGACACAGAGUAGACCGCCAAGGGAUUCAGGGCCUUAACCUCUUUACGUUUGGUCAAGGCAUGAUGUUCUGGACAACAACUGAUGAUGCCCAAAUCACUAAAGUUUGGUACAGCAAAACAGAAGUUUUAGAAAAUCGGUGGUUCCAAGUAGACCAGAAGAUUGUGGACUUAAAAGUUUACAGUAAAUUUAGUCAACAAGGUAGUAACAGCUGCUCAAAGGACAACGGAGGAUGUAGCCAUAUCUGUCUACCAAACCCUGAGGGACAGACUUGCAAGUGUCCGAGUGGGUACUACUUGGCCGAUGCAAACAAAUGCUUUGAGUCUGCAGGAUGCUCGGAGUCAUCAAAAUCUUGUAAGGAUGGUACUGGACCAGGUAAAUCUCAUUCAACAUCAACACCUACAAAGUCAGAAGCAGGCAAAAGGUUGACUCCAAAAGCUUCCCGACCUCCCCAGGCUACCAAGUCCACCACACCUGGACAUCCAGGCCCAGAAAGAAUGAGGGAUCCUGUCACAAACCCACUAACCACUCUGAUGCCUGCCAGAGAGAGCAAGACCCCAGAAACUAAGGAAAGAGGGGCUUCUGUUCAGCCCGAGGACUCUCAGAAGGCAAAACAUGUGCCCUGCAGCCGUGAUUUCUGUAAUGGGAGGGGAAUCUGUACAACAGAAGGAAAGUUGAGAAAAUGCAGCUGUCUGAGGGAAUAUGGUGGAGAGUUCUGUGAGGAGGCAGUACAUGGACCCACCCCUGGCUACAUAGCAUUCAGCGUAACCACUGCCUUAUCAGUUGUUCUGGUAGCGCUGGGGGCAUUUCUACAUUUCAGAAGAGAGCACAAAUUAAAACGAACUAGCACAGCAUCAUCAAGAAAUUUGACCUAUAAUAAAGAAAAUGACCAGGAAGAAGAAAAUCUAAUGAAUAGUGAGAUUUUUGUCAAUGAAGCCUACGAUGAACAGGAAUUGCUCACCUCUUUACAAACUGACUGAGCUUAUAAAAAUGGAACUGAAACAUUCCAGUGAAAAUCGUUUAUACAUUUCGUUGUGUACUGUUUUAACCUCCUUAACAGCUUGUGGUAAAUCAUAAUGACUUAUUAAAAUAAGUGCUUCUUAAAUUGGAAAAAGUUGUCUAGUUUUGUUAAUAUGUUUUAGAAACACAGAGCCUUUUGAAUCCCACAGCAUCUGACCCAGUACUAGUCAGAAGUUCUGCGUUGGAAUCUUGGCUCUAACACUGAUUUAAAGGAUUUUACUAGUUAAUCCUCUGGCCUGUUUCCAGUUUUACCGGAGAUAGUGAUCUCUUUGCCUUUUAGGAGAAAGGCCAAGUUUCUGCAGAGUAGCAAAUGCUCAAAUGAUAGUUCACUACCACUUCUUCUUUCAGAUAAAUUUUGUUGUUGAGUACUCAUUUUUGUUUAAGAUUUAUAAAGUUGUUUUUAUUGUGCUUUUAUUCAAUUCUGAAACUAAUACUAGAACAGGUUAAUAUACUUUACAGAUGUAGCAGCUCAGACACAUGAUUUGUCCAGGGCUUAUUUAAAAUAAAGUGGAUGGAGACUGUAGUCAGCAACAGAGUAUAGCUGUGCCCCAAUUCACCUCAACUAGCUCUUACCUGCUGGGGGAACAUGCAGGUACUUGGACUGCUAACACCUCUGUUUGUCUUCUUGGGUUAUUACUGACCUCACACCCAUGUGAGGAAUCCAAGGGUUCUGAAUCCAUGAUGGAAGAUGGGGUAUUGUCUAAAAUUGGAUAGUAGCAGCCUUGGACAAACCAUUUAGUCCUGAAUGUGUUGCCAGUGCUAAAAUUGAGAUUAUAAUAACCUAUAUCAACAGGCCAAUUGAACAUGGAGUGAAAAUGAAAAGGUCUGUAUAUAGCAUAGCACUUUUACCCAAUAACAUGAGUCUCAAUUGUAAUAAACAGCUUUAU